AAGACUACAAAAAACUUUUUAUUGUUUUUUAAUUAUUUAUUGUUGCUUUCAUUGUAUCGUCCUCAUUAAAACCAGGCGCUGUCACGCUGUCUUAAAUAACAACAUGGAGGCUGCAACGCUGAGUGAUGUUCCUGCUCCCUCCUGUCCCACCACAAAGAAGGAAACCUCACCCACAGACAUGCUGAGGAUAAAACAGCAGAUGUCCAACCAGUGCUUUGAGAUGGCGGUACAGCUGACUGCAGGUGAAAAUAAAAGGUCCUGCAGCACAUCUGAAGCAGAGAAAAACUUGCCAGAUUUGAUCAGUGAGCUUGAAAACGUGAAGACGGUUCAUUUUAACAGCACAUUGACUCUUCACAGAAUGCAGAUGUGGCACGCUAUUUCAGAAAAGCUGAAGGAGGCCGAUUCAGAUUCAGACCAGUUGAAAGCCAUGAGUGACCGCUGCAUGGCUCUUUGUUCUUGUAUAAAACAACUUCAGCAGGAGUCCAAAAGUCUUCAGGAUGAAAUCACAGAAACUCAAAAGAACAGGCUCGAGAUGAAACGACUCACACACGAGAAGAUGCGACAGAUAGAAGAGCUGACGUCCAGAAAGGAACACCCAGACUCCGAGAAGUAUAAAGCCGCAAAAGAGAAAGGCCAAACCGUCCUGGAGAAAUAUAAGAAGAUGACCGUCAUGACUCAGAACGUCCUCAAGGGCAUCCUGUUGGCCUGUAAAGUCAACUGGCUGGAUGAUCCUGAGGUCCGAGCCAUCGCCAUGACUCUGGAGGAGUUUCCCAUCUCUGACUAGAUGAAGUCAUAUAUCUGCUUUGUGUUUUUCAGCCUAAUAAAUGGCUUUAAUCUCAGUCUUUAUCUCAAGUCUCCAUGGUUGUAUUUCCUGUAUAUCAUGUUUUGCCAAAACAUUUUUUAUGAACACUGAAUUGAUGUUUCAUACUAAGAUACCCUGUCUGUACUGUACAAACUGCUUGGAAUGUAUCCCAAAACACUUGAAUGUUGGGAGAUAUUCAUGAAUCAGAGGAGGCUUUAAAAUUAAAGGUAGAUCUUCCAGUAACUUUAUUACUUCACACAAACGAUACUG